AUGAGAGGAUGUCGUCAUUCCGGCGUAAGAGUCAUAGUACCGCCGAGAAAAGCACCCAUGCCCAUGAGAAUAACUUGCCGAUAUUUAAAACGUGAUAAAUUAUCACAUCCGCCGCCGCUAAUGGAAGGAGAAGCACUGGCGAGUCGAGUUCUCGAAUUGGGUCCCGUGGGAGCAAAAUUUUUAGGUCCCGUCAUCAUUGAAGUUCCCCAUUUUGCAUCGUUACGUGGAAAAGAACGUGAAAUCGUCAUAUGUAGAUCAGAUAACGGGGAAACGUGGAAGGAACACACGUUGGAAGCUAGUCACGAAGCCGUACAGGAUGUACUUAAUGAAAGUUUCGAAGGAGAAGAAUUGGGUCAGAUAGAAGAUUUGCAAACGAAUAGAAUCACGAGAAUAUUAACGGAAGAUUUCCCGCAAUAUUUUGCUAUAAUAACUCGAUUGAGACAAGAAGUUCAUCCGAUUGGUCCGGAAGGUGGAACGGUGUCUUCAAGCGUAGUCCCUCAAGUUCAAGCUGUUUUCCCUCCCAACGCCCUGACGAAAAAAAUCCGAGUCGGAUUACAGGCUCAACCCAUUCCUCCGGAGCUUACGGCGAAAUUACUCGGGAAUCGCGUCGCUAUUUCACCCAUCGUAACAGUUGAACCCAGGCGUAGAAAAUUUCACAAACCCAUAACUCUCACGAUACCCAUACCGCAAGCUGCUAGCAAAGGAAUGAUCAAUCAAUACUCGGGAGAAGCACCGACUCUUCGUCUCCUUUGUUCGAUUUCAGGAGGAAGUACGAGAGCUCAAUGGGAAGACGUAACUGGUUCCACACCUCUCACGUUCGUCAAAGACUGCGUGUCGUUCACGACAACCGUUUCUGCGAGAUUUUGGCUAAUGGAUUGUCGGAACAUAGGUGAAGCUACAAAAAUGGCGACGGAACUUUAUCGGGAAGCCAUACACGUACCAUUCAUGGCAAAGUUUGUAAUUUUCGCAAAGAGAAUCGACGUUUUAGAAGCAAGACUUUGCGUAUUUUGCAUGACGGACGACAAAGAAGACAAAACUCUCGAACACCAAGAACAUUUUACCGAAGUUGCAAAAAGUCGUGAUGUCGAGGUUUUAGAAGGUAAAUCGAAUUACGUAGAAUUCGGCGGUAAUUUAAUACCAAUAACGAAAAGCGGAGAUCAAUUGCAAUUCACGUUUAAAGCAUUCAAAGAAAAUCGUUUGCCUUUUAACGUGAGAAUACGUGAUCAACACGAGGAACCUUUGGGAAGGAUAUUUUUCAUGAAAGAUCCCAAGAUUGCCAAAGGUGAUCCUUCUCAGGCUCCCAUUUGCGUUUUACAAAUGACUCUCCCGGAAAAUAUUCUUCCGGACAUAAGAUCCGAACCCGAUUUGUUAAGCAUUGAUAGAUUUCGAAAGGGAAAUUUAAAUUCUGACGUCAUUCAUCGAGCAGAUAUAAGAUUAUCGGAUAUUUCGAAUCGUUUGCAUCGGGAUUGGAUAUUAUUGGCAAAAGAAUUGGAUAUAAGUCCUUCGAACGUGAAAGAAAUCGAAGAAGAAUGUCCAAAUAAUAUUCCUCAACAAGCCAUGCUCAUGUUGAGACUUUGGUUGCACGUGAACGGCGACAAACCGUCGGGUAACAUGUUAUCUUGUAAAAAAAUUUUAUGGAUCAGUGUUAAUUGUUCAAAUUUAUGCAUUUGUAAUUUUUCAACGAAUCAAAUUUGUUUUCGCGGCAGUGAAAAGUGGAAAAAACUCAUUGAUUGUAGUUGGUUAAAAAAGGAUAAACAUAGGAAAAAAUUAGUGCAGAAAGUGACGAGGAAUACUUGCGAGGAUACCUGCGAUCCGACGAGGAAUCUUUGCGAUCCGCUUCCAACGGAAAAAGAAUCCCCGCCUCCGCCGACGGCAAUUAAAACAAAAGUACCACAUCCCGACCCGCACCCGUGUCCGCCGCUAAACGAAGACGAUCAUCCGGUUUUGAAACCUCCGCCUAAAAUCCCCGUGACUUACACGAUAUGUCCGCCGGAACCGGAUUGUCGGGGAAGGGAAAUGGUGAUACCGAAAGAGGAUCCCCUUCCCUACGGUCCCGCAAUAGAUAUUCCGAACGGUACGAAAUUGAGAGAACUCGGAUUUUGCCCGGAUAUAUUACAUCCGAAAAAUUUACAAGACGUCAUACGUCCGCGUGAAGUGAUCGAAGUCGAAAAGAAAAGGCGUAACGUGUUGAUUGAUGAAAAAGAAGAAUGUAAAAUCGGGAUCGAUAACGGAAUGCCCGGGGAUUACAUGAAGGAACGGGUCGCCAUUAUAUACAAAUACCCGAAAAACGUCAUGCAAUCGGGAACGUACAACACGACGACGUGGAGAGUUAAAUUCAACGUACGGGAAAAAUGGGAAAAUCCAACGAUGGGUUGGACGUCGUCGUCGGAUUCUUUAUCCACGUUGGAAAUACAUUUUGACACGUUGGAGGGAGCGAUAGAAUUUUGUAGGAAAAACGAAUACGAUUAUCAAUUUUUUCUAAACAAAGCAAAAAAAGUCGGUCAGGUACUACGACGCUACUUGUGUGUGUGUGUUUUAUCUUCUUCUGCUUUUACUUUUCCUACUGGUAACGUUUUGAGUCAGGCAUUGAAAGCGAUAAACAGAGAAGACAUAGUGAACGCUUGCAUAUUUAACGUGGAACCAGUGAAAGAUGCGACGGAAAAGGAAAUUGCCAAAAUUCAACUCGAUCAUUCCGACAGUUUAAAAUUGGACAAUUCCAUUUUGGACGGUUACAAAUUCGAUCAAUCCGGAUUUGAAAGUUUGAAAAACGAAUUGAUGAGUUCGUCGAGAGACGGGAGUGGUGGUGGUGGUGGGGGUAGUCUAGGAAGGAAAAAAAAGGGGGAGAACGGUUCGAAAAAGAGUCCAUCGAAAAAGAUGGAAGAUAAAAUAGACAAGGAUAACGUCGAAAGAGAGAAAAAAAUAACGACGGCCGGAAAUGGAAAGAAAAACGGCGAUGGAGAUGAUGAUGAUGACGUCAUGCAAGGAGUUUUAAAUCAAAGAUUGAAAGAAUCAACGAACGCCGCGAACGUUUUAGUAAAACAAUUUGAUUCGUUGACGUAUGAAUACAUUAACGAAAAUUAUUUGAACGAAUUCAUUCAAGAUUUAUACGAAUCGUGCAUGAACGAAGAUGAUGAUGAUGAUGAAAAAAAUAAAACAACAACAGCAGCAGCAGCAGCAGGAGGAGCAGGAGCAACAGGAAAUAAAAAAAAAUCGAACGGUUCGCGAAUCGUUAACGACAGCGAUAUAAUCGAAUCGAAAAAAAUCAACGUUAAAAUAUUCGAAAAUUCAUAUUAUCAAGGAUCGGUUGAGAGUGGAGAACCGAUCAAAGAUAUAUCGGAUCAUCUCGAAAUAACUCAUAAUAAUUACGAGAAAAACGAGGGAGGAGGAAGUGGAGGAAGAGGAGGGGGUGGUGGUAGUGGAGGUGGUGGAUCGGAAAAUAAAAAUGAAUAUUUUAAAAAUCGGGAAACGGUGAACUUUGACUUGGAAAUUUCCGACAAAUUAACGUCGACGUCGUCAACGAAUGAAGAAAAAAAUCAGUCGUUGAAAUUUUCCGACGUUGGAAAAAUCGAAAGUGAUAAAAAGAAAAAUAGUCGGGAAAUAGAAGGAGGAGUAGUAGGAGUAGUAGGAGGAGUCAGUGGAAGAGGAGGAGAGGAAGAAGAAGAAGAAGAAGAAAUAAAUUAUCCGAUAGUUGAAAUAUUAGAUCCGACGAAAAAAAUAACAAAAUCAAAAUCGAAAAAAUCAUCUAAAAAUAAAACUAGUGCCGCGGCGAAAGACGUAAAAGACGAAAUAGAAGUCGAGUGGGAUUUCGAGGAACGUUCGCCGGAGAAAAAAAUAAACGAUGUUAAAAAAAAUGGUUUCAAAACGAAAAUCGGAAUCGUUGAAGAAUUCAUAGAGAAAGAAGGAGGGAAAGAAUCGAGGGGAGAAAGAGGGCCGAAUGAUACGAAUGAAAAAAGUAACAGCAAAAGAAAAGACGACGUUGCCGAAAGCGAUUCCGAUUCCGAUUCCAGAGACGAUUCCGGAGGACGUGUCAAAAGACAACAAUCGAACAGUCCUGGAAAAAGGACGAUUGCGAGUUCGAGCGGAUCCGACGUUGCCCUACACGAGGGAGCAGAACUUUCACCAGAUGACAACACAGAUAUAGGCGGUCCGGAUGGUCUUAGACAAUCCAUGCAAAAUAUAUUAGAUCAAUUUAUGAAUGAAGAAAAACGUUACGAAUAG